GGUCCAGGACCCUGGGCGCACGACCAAAUCUCCGAGAGGUGUCGAGGAAGAUCCUCUGAGCCCGCGCUCCGACAGGAUGCGCGCUCUCACCGCUGACUCGCCAGAAUUGAUUAAGUAUGUACGUGUGGCGUGCCGGGUGCAUGAGCCAAUUCUCCCUUUACCGCGCGGCAUAAGAUACCCGAGUCGUUUCACGCGCCACCUGGACGCAUGUGUUUUUGUCAUGCAGACGGUGCCUCGAAUAAGAACGUGCCUCCUCAGCACGAGGCAGGGGCGGGGGACCUCGUGGGUUCUCAAGAAAGACCCCCUUGUCCCUCGUGCUCUCGGCCCUCCCAACUUAUAG